CGUAUUGUUUUGGGGUGCCGGUUGCCGUGGUGACGGACAGGGAGACGGGGAGCGAUGGCGGUGGCUUUGCUGCGGUGGGUGCUGUUGGCAGGCGGAUUAAUGGUGGUCCGGCCGCAGGCGGCCGAGAAAUAUUCUCGGUACAAGAAUGAGGAGGCAGUCGCGGCGGGGAAGACGGGGAACGAAUUUAGAAUCGCCAAACUCAACCAGGUUUGGGACAAGGCGCAGCGGCUCCAGUUAUCUCCAGUAAAAAUGGCUGAGCUUCACAGUGACUUGAAGAUCCAGGAGAAAGAUGAACUGCACUGGAAGAAGUUAAAGGUCGAGGGUCUCGAUGAGGAUGGUGAGAAGGAAGCAAGGCUGCGUCAAAACCUUAAUGUCAUCCUCACAAAGUACAAACUCGAUGGGCGAAAGGAUCCCAAGCCUUCAGAAUCAAAUUACAUCAGAGAAUCAGAUUCUAAAAAUGAUGUAUUUGAUGAUCCAAAACUAGAGAAGUUAUGGAAUAAGGCAACAACAUCUGGAAAGUUUAAUGAUGAAGAAGUUGAAAAACUGCGGCGUGAAUUUCUCCAUCACCAGGACAAGAUUGAGGAGUAUCACAUCCUGAGAGAGGCUGUCAGCAGGAGUGAAGAUAUACGUGAGAAUGUGAUCAGUCCUUUGGAAUCCCAUAUGAAGGAAGAUUUACUACACACCAAGCAUGCAGAGUUAAAGAAUAAGCACCGUAAUGUCCAAGAAAGUUUCCAGCGUCUGCGCAAACUCAUCCACCAAGGCUACGAUGGGGAUAGCGAGUUUUCUGAGCCGAGAGUACUUGAGCUAUGGGAUAUGGCAAAGCGGUCAAAUUUCUCAGAUGAUGAGCUGGAUUCCAUUAAGGAGGAGCUGAAACAUUUUGAGACAAAGAUUGAGAAGCACCAACAUUAUCAGGAGCAGCUGGAUUUAUCCCACCAAAAGCUUAAACAUGUGGAAUCUAUUGGGGACAAGGAACAUUUGUCUAGAAACAAAGAAAAGUAUAAAAUGCUGACAGAGAAGACUAAAGAACUCGGAUACAAGGUAAAAAAGCAUAUGCAAGAUCUUCUGGCUAGACUCUCAAGGGGAGGUCUGAACCACAAUGAGUUAUGACUCUUCUGUCACCCAACAACCUGUCAUAUAACCAGGUACAGUUGGAACACUGGAGCUGAGAUAGGUACCAAGUAUUCUUUAAUGAUUGAUUCUAUCAACACUCAAAAUAUGUCUAUAAUAAUUCUCCCUUUUUUUCUACAUGUAAUUGGAGCUAUUGAAAUGGAACCCAGUAGUACAGUGGAUUGUCAAUGAUGAACUGCAAGUUGCUGAUAAAAAUGCUGUACAAAAACUGUAUAAUCAAAUGUGCCAUCUCUUAAUCAAAAUCAUUGUAAAGUUAAACUUACUGUAUAUUGAUUUUUGUAGAUUGCUGACUUUUCUGCUUUCAGUCAGUAAUUAAGUCUGAGUUAAUGAAUGCUCAACUCCA